AUGGCCGACAGCUGAAAAGUUUGGAAUGUCAAGAUUGUUGAAACACUACUAUUUUGAUAAUUACUUGUAAUUUGUUUUUCUUUAAAUGUGUGUAUAGUGUGUGACAUUUCUGAUUCACACAAAUCACAUUGAUUAUUGUGUAGAAAUGGCUGUGAUUUGUAAAUCGUUAGUGUUUGCAUUUGAAGUUGUCCAUUAGAAUUUUGAAUUUAAUUUGUAUUGUGGAUUAGAUUUUGAAGGCUAAGAACGGGGCCUUGAGCCCGUAACAUGCAGUUUUGGUUUAUCACAAAUACAUUUUAAUUGUGUUGAAAAGUUUCAAAUAAUCUUUGAUAUGGAUGACAGAAGAAUCGCCGAUUAUUUUGUGGUAGCUGGGUUGCCCGAUAAGUUGCAACCGGUGGAUGAUUUUUCAAAAGAUGGAACUUACUUGAAACAAUGUCACAAUAAAGCUCCAAUAACUGAUAUUACUGUGAUAUUUCCAGGGUUUGAGGAAAGUGUUCCUCCUGAGUAUGAAGUUAUAGAGCAGACACCAACAGGUUUGCUAGCUGAUUUGAAUCAUGGCAGCCUUCGUAGUCCGGAGGUUUUCCUAUGCUUUAGAAGAGGAAGAGACAAACCACCGCUCGUUGAUAUUGGUGUGAUGUACGAAGGAAAAGAACGCAUACUGCCUGACUCGGAGGUAGUGGAGCUGACCCCGGGCGGUCGCCCAGCCAAUGUGAACAAUUCAGCCGCACGCACCCUGCUCACCUAUCGGCGUGCGCACCCGUCUCAGCCCUGCAACGGCCUCGUCGUCACUGACAUCUGCGUCAUAGUCGCUAGCAAGCAGGAGACCCCUCCUCACGCUUUCUGCAUGAUCAACAAGAACUUGAACAAGGGAAUGGUUGGAUCAGAUGUAUUCUUGUGCUACAAGAAAUCGAUGAACAGAGUUAACCAUAUCACUUACAAACCAGACAUCCUAGUGCGCUACCCGUUGGAGGACCGUUCCAACUUUCCGUUCCCCAUUUCGGUUCCGCUGUUCUGCCUGCCGGUGGGUGCCUCUCUGGAAUGCUGGCCCCGUGUGGCGCAACAACCCGCCGCUGUAUUCUCCACGUUUGUGCUUACUGUAUCCGAUGCCGCUGAAAAGGUGUACGGAUCAGCUGUGACGUUCUACGAGCGCUAUCCCACCGAACGUGUUACCGAAGAGCAGAAGGCCGAACUGGAUCCGGGAGGGGUGGGGGGUGAUGACGUCACCUACCAUGUCAACAAGUGCAUUUGUCUGUUGUCGCAUUGGCCGUUCUUCGAUACUUUCGAAAAGUUCCUGCUGUUCCUCUACAAGAUGUCGCUGAACAGUCUUCAGCCGGUGCCAAUCGAGAGAUACAUAUCACACGUGCUGGAUGACGUUCCGUUUCCGUCGCCGCACCGCCCACGCAUCCUGCUGCAGUUGUCGGCCGAGACCCGGCUGAUCCUGACGCAGCCCGAGGACUUGCCCCUGCCGCGCAGUGGUGCUAGCUUCCGUCAGCUGCUGCUCAACCUGGGUGCUGACAACUGUCUGCUGCUGCUGCUGUGUGCACUCACCGAACAGAAGCUGCUUGUGCACUCGCUCAGGCCCGAUGUGCUCACCGCUGUUGCUGAGGCUAUCUCAAUGAUAAUCUUCCCGUUCAAGUGGCAAUGUCCGUACAUCCCGCUGUGCCCGCUCGGACUGGCAGAGGUGUUGCACGCCCCCCUUCCCUUCCUCAUCGGCGUCGACUCGCGGUUCUUCGACCUCUACGAUCCGCCCACUGACGUCAACUGUGUCGACCUCGACACUAACAACAUCACUGUUUGUGACGAAAAGCGGCAGUUGACCAUAAAACUGCUGCCGAAGAAGGCCACCAGAGUGCUGAGGAACAGUCUGGAGCGAAUCUACCAUAAGCUGGCCUUGUUCAUGGAGAAGCAGGCGAUCAGUGAUCGGACAGUGGACACCACCACCAUCGAUCAGGACUUCCAGCUCAAAAGGAGAGAACAAAUGUUGGAGUUGGAAAUACAGGAGGCUUUCCUGCGUUUCAUGGCAACCAUUUUGAAGGGAUAUCGAUCAUAUCUCCUUCCUAUUAUCAAGGCGCCAACAAUUGGAACUACUGACACCAACUCUCUAUUCGACCUACAGGGUUUCCUGCGUUCGCGCGACCGUGCCUACCACAAGUUCUUCACAAUGACCAUGCGCACGCAAAUGUUCAUCAGAUUCAUAGAGGAGCGCUCUUUCGUGUCAGACAUGGAUGCUGGUCUCGCUUUUUUCGACGAGUGCACUGAAAAGGUUGAGAACGAUGAGGUGGACAGUCGCCUGCUGGAGCUGGAUGAGUCGCAUCAGAGUGAGAGGACAAUCUACAUCGAGCCACCGGAGCCCAGCAACAACAAGCACUAUGUUUAUGAGCGUUUCGAGUUGAAGGAAGCCCUGUUCGCCAGCACGAAGCGCGGAGGCGACAAGGAAGCGAAGACCAAUCUGCUAGUGAGAGCGGUGCUAGGGCCGGAUGAGGGGGGCGGGGGCCCCCCCGGUAGUCCGAUGGCUCGCCGCACCAAGCACGAGAUCAAAUCGGCGCAGAAGAUUGCCAGGAAGUAUGCCACGUCGCCCGAACUGUGGGCCAAGUGCUUGCUCACUACUUGUUACAGUAUCUGGUUCAUCCAUUUGCCGAGCUGUGUUCUGUUUGCACCCUCCAAAUCAUCGGUCACCCUGCAACUGGCCUAUGACGUCAUUGUCAGAAUGCACAAGGCUGGACUCACCCCGGCCGAUGAGGUGUGUUACCGGGUGAUGAUGCAGCUGUGUGGCGCGUACUCGCAGCCAGGGCUGGCAGUGAAGCUGCUGUUUCAGAUGAAGCGAGUGGGCGUGCAGCCGAAUGCCAUCACCUACGGAUUCUACAACAGGGCUGUGCUCGAGGCCACCUGGCCCUCCAAUAUGAGUCAGUCCAGUGUCUUGUGGAAUAAGCUCAGGAACGUAGUUCUGGGUGCGGCGCGCUUCCGACAGGCCGGCUGCAAGAUGGCGAAUCGCCGUCGGCGCCUGUCCACUGCCACCGAAGACGGAGACGGCGCGUCCAUCUGCAGUGCCACUUCGCUCACUGCCACUGCCAAUGCCAGCAAUGCUCCAGGUGUUAGCCAGCCAGUAACUAGUGCAGAUGAGGUGGACCUAAUGGAAGUCACUAUACAGGUGCCUGAAUUACAAAACCAGUCAAAAACAUUGGAAUUAUCGGUUGACGUUGGCAAUCCUGAGAGUCAUGAUUGCCGGUCGCAUUCCCUUGCCAAUAUUGCCAAUUCAAUGGACUUUUCUGUGCAAAAGUUCGACAGAUUUCGAUCGCGAGUUGGCAGCAUUGUAAGGCCGAGUGGCUUGCCGCUGCUAAGUCCCGGUGCGGCAGUCAAGCAGCAAACUUUUGACAGCAGUGCCGGUCUUCUGAUGACUGGCGGUGGAGGAGGAGGUGGUGGAGCAGGAGGAGGGUUGGAGGAGGGUGCGGUCACCAUUCCACAGAGGAAUCGGAGCGGGAGUUGCACAGAGUUGAUGAGUGGGGGGUGCUCCCGCAGUGGCAUCCCCCCCUCAGGGGCUGCUCAGCCAGUGCAUCCCCCCGCCAGUCCCAAACCUACCGUCACCUCGAGUAGACAGGACGAUUGUUUCCGCCAGCUUUCCAGAUCAGAAAGCUUUGCCAACGACGCCGGAAUACUGGCCAAACUGAAGCAGCAGCCGCCAGAAGGAGAGAGCGGCGCAUGCGCAACAAAAGCGGCGUCAAAGAGUCGCGCCGCAAAGUCGCUUUUCGCAAGCGGCGGCGGCAGCAAUCUGCUCAACCUGCAAAUAGUCAGCGAAAACUUGCCGCUAGACGACGACGGUGAGCAGCAACAAAAUGGCGGAUCGCAGAACCAAGAUGGCGGAGCAAAGAAGGCGAGUUGUGAGUCGUUGACGUGUCGAUCGCCGAUCAAGUCGCCCGCCCGUACGACACCCGUCACCGAGAAUGAUCCGUUGGGUGCCCUACUGACUGACGACCCGGAACAGCAGACGGCAGCAGAAACGCGCGGUCAGCAGAAAUGCUCGCGCCGUUUUUCGGACCGCGGGCGCGAUGCACGCGUAGCGAGUGCUUCGAACAUAGAGUACGAUCAGUCGACGGGCGCACCUCACCUGUUUGACAGGCGCAAUUGGGCGCACAAGUUAAGGAAGAACACACGGGUGGUGAGGAGUGCUACUUUCCAUCAGGCUGGUGAUGAUGAAGAGGAGGAGAGUGAGGAAGAGGAGGAGGAGUACGGGGAGUAUGACGAUGAUGGGGAUGUCGAAGAUGAAUCGCCUUGCAAUGAGGUGGGAGUGAGAGCGCCGCUACAUCGGUCAUCAACAAUGCCAAUAGAAGGGGGAGAUGGUGGGGUGGGAAUGACGUCAUCUUCAAGAGCAGCUACUUUGGGUUCUACAUUCAAACUGCCCUUCUCUCGUUAUUCUCCAGGGAGGUUCAGUCUGCGAAAAGCUGACCUAAUAAAGAGUGGACAAAUGAUUGAAAAUGCCCUCAGUAAUUUCAGCCCGAGCAGUCUGACAUCUAAAAAGUCGAACGAACUGAUCAAAGGAGGAAUCAACAGCUUGAAAACGGCAGCCACCUCUAUGGCUAAAAAGUUCGAUGAUUUGAUAUCGGCCAAUAGCACACCAAUUAAGUCAGCAAGCGCGAGAGGCAGUGCUCUGGGCCUAGACCAAGAUGGCGGCUUGGAUGAGGACGAAUCUGGGGAAGAAUCGGUUUCGGCGCCACGACGCAAGAUUUCCAGCGAGUUCUCGCCCUACGCGGCCAAACAGCACAUCGAUGCUUGGAGCAGCAACUUGAAGGAGCUAUUCAGCGACAGUCGAAAAGGCAGUGCCAGCAACUUGCAGCCAUUAGGCGAAACAUCAGCGUGGUCGUCACAGCAAUGCCUGCUUUUGCCUGACAACCUCUAUCCGAAGACAGUAUCAGCCCGGCACAGCAACUCACCAGUGGCACUGGAACUGCGCAUGAGCACAGCGCAGAAAUGCCACCACUGCCAGCACGUGUUGUACGACGAGCAGAUCAUGGCCGGCUGGCUGCCCGAGGACAGCAAUCUCAACACCAAGUGCCAGCUCUGCCACAAGGCCACUGUGCCCUUCCUCACUGUCCAAGUCACCGAUCACCGCCACAAUCCAAAGAGUAACAGUGAGGACAAAAGGACAAAGGAUGAAGAGAAGACAGGAGAGGGGAAGGAAGAGGAGGCAGAGGAGAAGGAGCUAACUGUUGGGUAUAACGAGCCUGUACUUAUAAACGUUCCCUACCUGAAUCCACUGGUUUUGCGGAAAGAGUUGGAGUCUAUUCUCUACACUGAGGGUGAUUCUUGUUUGACGCAGUCGAAAUUCGUCGACGAACAUCCCAUCAUAUAUUGGAAUAUGGUGUGGGUGUUUGAACGGGUUUGCGUUUGUUCGCAUCUUCCGGGGCUGUGUCUGCAGGCAGCCUGUAUCUGCACCCCACCGGGGGUGUCCCUCAAGGGGACGCAACACCACCCCUCGUGGGCCGAGGCGGAUCACACCAAUGUCCUUGUCAGGUGUCUUUGGGAUAAUCCAAGGCUGCACGAAGAGGUUGGUCAGCCUAUGUACAUUCUAUGGAACCAGGAUGAUCAGCAAAGUUCAUUGGUCAGUGCCCUUGUCACUGAUAGAACAACUGUAUCUAGGAGUGUAAUGGAGCUGGUGAUAGAUUUGGUGCGCUGUAACAACAUGGAGGAACCAAUGCGCCGGUUGGCCAGCGAACGACACAAGUUGAAGGGCAGGCACUCGCUCUACAGGGACAUUCUCUUUCUCACUUUCACCGUCGUCGGACAGGAUAACAUUGAUCUGAGCGCUUUCGACCGAGAGUAUACGGCAGCGUACGAGCGAUUACAGCAGCAGCACGAGUCGGUGGACGAGUGUGGCGCCAGUGAGCCGAGUGCAAGCAAUGCAGCAGCACAAGCCACGGCGCACCUGUUUCUGCGCAGCGACCAGCCAUUGUCGCCUGCUGAGCUCUACUGUCGCUCCUACUUCCGGCCUCUACAGCUCUGACAGUCAACAGUGCAAGACCGAAUGUUUGGCCUUCGUCAUUUCAGUCAUCGAAAUCAUCAUUAUCAUCAUAUCUAGUUGGAAGUUGGUCUACCAAAUCAGGGCUGCCAACGUCCUCACAACAAACUAUAUACGCUUCUAGGUACUGUGCCGAAAUAUACAUAUAUAUAUUUGUGGAUACAUAUUUACAAAUAUGAAUGUUGUGAAUAGCUUAAUAGCUAUAAUAAGUUUGUAUAUAUUUUGUAAGAUAAGAAAUAUACUAGCGGUUGUUCAAUCCAUUGUCUUAAGUUCUGCCUCUCGAAGAAUAGCAUUGUUUCUUAUGGGAGUGUUCACACAUUGCUAGAAUAGAAUAGUUUUUUUGCCCAGCAGACAUGAAAUUUAUUGGGAAGCAGGGCUUCUACUAUGUUGAUAAUAUUAGUUACUGUUUCAAUAACAGGCUGUUUUGCAAUAUCAUUCAUGUUUAAUUAUUAAUAUAGUGAGAUUCACUUAAAACCGUCAGCAUUCCUUAUCAAUGCUUCCCGUUCAAUGAAUACUGACAGUAAGUGAAUCUCUAGAAAACUUGUAAAGAUUGUUAAGUAGCUGUAUUUUUUAUUCUAAUUCAAAUUCACAGAAGUUUUUAGACAAUUUGGUCCGAUAUUAUAAGAAAUUUGUAUUUUAUUUUCAAAUUCGAUUUCCAAUUUUUGUUUUUAUAGUACUAUAAGAUAUUGUUGAUGUAUGCCAUCCAAAUUCGAUAUUAGGGAUUGUUGCUUUAAAUUUGUAUCAAUUUAUAAGAAAUUUGUAAGUAUUGUUGAAAAUUGCUGGACAGCUGAAUUUUUAUCAAUGUGAUGAUAGGUGCUGUUCAAUGAUUACAUCCGUGAUUCUUGAAUAAAAAUGCAACGAUAUUAUAAGAUUCACUUGAAACUGUCAGAAUAGUGUUGAUGUUAUACCGUUGCGGCAGCAAAACUUCAUUUUCUAAAGUGAACGACAUUCAGUCAGCUGAUGUCGUAGUAGAGCGAGCGCAAUAAUUGGUCUCGUUAGAGAGGUCAGAGGUUUCUUCCCGACAUGUUCAGUCGCCAUCAUGCAUUGGAACAAUGAGAAGCGUGCAUUUGCCGUUGAGACUCAUUUUUUAGCGGAUGUUCUGUGAUCACAACCAAGCGCGCAUUUCGAAAUCGCUUUAAUUUAGCCACAAGUGGCUACUGUCUCGGACCGGAAAUCAAUAUUGUUACGUGGGUCACUACAUUCAGACAAACUGCAAGUGCGACAAGACGGAUAACUGGAGUUCCCUCGGCCCAUUAGGCCACCUGAGAACAUUGAAGCAGUGAGUUUCAAUGUUGCGUUCACCAAAGCGUUCAAUGCGCAAACAUCUCGUGCGUCUGCUCUUGGACUUUCCGAUCGCUCUGUGAGACGAAUUCUUCAUUAUGAUCUUCAUUUCCAUCGAUACAAGAUGGCAAUUGUGCUUGAACUUUCUGAACGUGACUUCAAUUCUCGGAAGAACGCAUGUGAGGCUUUGAGUGGCCAGCCCGAUCUCUCCAUUCGAACCCUUGUUAUUUUUAUGGGGUUUUUGAAAUCCCUUGUUCAUAUAAACCGUCCAAGGUCCCUACAAGAUUUGAAGAUUUAAAUCAGGGAAGAAAUUGCUAACAUAAAGUCUGUAAUGUCGGCAGGAGUCAUGACAAAGCCACAAAUCGGUUUACUCAGUGUAUGAAGAAUGGGGUCGGACGUCACCUACCUGAUUUCAUAUUCAAAACUGAUUGAAACAAAACUUUAUAUAUGUGUCUACAUUACAAAAAAAAAAUAACUUUCUGAUCCAUACAAAGAGUUUUAUUUACAUUGAAAAAGGAAGUUUUGCUGCCGCAUUCUGUACCUAAGGGAUGCCCGACAAUAUUCAAAUGUGACUCAAAUUCACUUUUAUGUGUGAGCAUAGGCUGAAUAGAAUAUUAACAUCGAUGACGUUAUUCAUGAGGAAGUUUCACCAUUUGAAGUUCACCUCACUGGAGUAUUGUCAGCAUUGGCUAAAUGGGAAGUAUUAAUACUAUCUAUAGCAUUAUACUGACAGUUCGAAGUGAUUCUUACUUUAGUUUCAAACAAUUUGGCAGCUGGUUCUUUCAAGUUUGAGGAAAAAAAUGUUGAGAAGGUUUUAAGUUGAAAACUUGAAUGAUAUAUUUCAGCUAAUUUCUAACGGCCGUUUUCAUACUUAGCGAUUGUCGGCCGGAUUCCGGCCUAUAUCGGCCGACAUCGACACGGUUUCUGUAAUCUAAGCUUACAGGAGGACAUUAUCGUUAUAUGAGAGUAAUAACGUCAUAUUUAUUCUUCACAAUCAUUCUAAUUAUUGUUCCUGAACUUGCUAUUAAGGGUGGCGUUUUUACUGAGAAUGUAGAGCUGAAAUAUAGCAUUUGGCACGUACCCACAGAGCUCAAUACAUAUUGAAUAGAAUAGAAUAUUUUUAUUUGUCCAAGAACAAUUACACGAUUGCAUGAGACAUUGUCAAGAUAGUUAUAAUACAUUACAAUAAUUACAUCUUAAUAUAUUUCUGUCAUAAUAACAUCAAAGUAUACAUUUUUUAAACUUUAUUGUUGGAGACAACAGUGAUUGAGAACUGUGUUUUGUCUAUAGUGAGGUCCACGAUAUAAUGGCAGUGGAUAAAGAUAGUAGAACAACAUUGCCGAUCAUCUGUCUAGUCAAUGCCUUCCAUAGACGGUACCUAGCUGAUACAUGUUUAUUGAUGUAAUAUUAACUGUUCAUUCUCGUUCAAAAUAAUCAAUUGUAUUUUAUCAAGCAAGUAAUUAUAUUUUUCAAUAAUUUCAUGAUGAAUUUUCAUAAUUAAGAUGAAAUAUUUUGUUAAUUAAUUAUCAAUUCUACAUUGUUGAAAGACGAUUUGGCAACAGAGCAAAGCAAGAAAGAGAUAGCGCUAUCCGCUUUGUUGAAUGAUGGACAAGGAUAGCAAUACAAUUGCUAAUCAAAAACUGCCAUUAUAACGUGGACCUCACUAUACCCAACCCGAGACUGAUUAAAAAAUCAUAUUUAUAAACUCUGAGAAUGUCGGCUGACAAAUUGGUAAGUGUGAAAACGGCCAAUCGCUGCAAUGUCCGGAUAAAAUCGUAUUGAGAAAUGAAAAGUCGUUGAAUUGAUUGUAGUGAGAUUCACGUCAUACUGACAUUAUUGUUUGAAUGCGAAGCAUUGCUGUGUUACUGCAAGAAAUGCUGACUGUUCAAAGUGAAUCUCACAUUAUCUCUAGUUUUGUCUAAAUGGUGCCUUUGAAAAUGUAGUGGAAAACUAUCGCUUGUAAGGGAAACUCAGCUUUGCAGUAAAUUGCAGUUUUGCUGGACAGAAAACAAACAGCAUUGGUUUGUAUGGGUGUGUCCACCAUACAUUGGAAGACCAGCAAUGUGUGAAUACACCCAUACGAGCAAAUAGAAUUCUUUUUCUGCCCAGUAAAGCUGAGGAAUCAUUGGAAGCAGGGUUUCUUAGAGAGUAAUAUUUGAAUCGAAAAUUGUAAAUAUCAAUGUUAUCCUGAUGAUAAAAGUUUAUAAUUGUGAUAACUGUAAUUGAAUGUUUACUAUAUAAAAAUGAAAUGUUAUUUUAUUAUAAA